UUCCAGCAACAUCAUCAUAUCUAAAGAAACUUACCAAAAAUGGAUGAACUAAUGUUUUCCUCAUCAUCAUCAUCAUUUUCCUUAAUUUCUCAACUAAACCAACCAUCAACCCUUCAACAAAAGCUCCAAUAUAUUCUCAACAACCAAACAGAGUCUUGGUCCUAUGCCAUUUUCUGGCAAACCUCGAACGACGAUGAUGGACUUCUUUUUUUAACUUGGGGUGAUGGCUAUUUUCAAGGGACCGAUACAAACGUCAAAUGGUUCUACGUGAUGUCUUUGGCUGACUCUUUUUCUGCCAGUGAAGGAGUUCUUGGAAAAUGUUUUAGUAAUGGUUCUUUUGUGUGGCUAAAAGGGGCUCAACAACUUGAGUUUUGUAGCUGUGAAAGGGCUAAAGAAGCUUAUGUUAAUCGGAUUAAUACUUUAGUCUAUAUUCCAACUCCAAAUGGGGUGUUAGAAAUGGGGUCAAUUGAUAUAAUAAGAGAAAAUUGGACUUUGGUUCGACAAGUUAAGUCCAUGUUCUGUUCUGAUCAUGAAAUUGGUCCAAUUGACUUUGAUGAAAAUACCAUUUCUUUUGGUGAUAUUGGUAUUAUUACAAGCUUGCAAGAAGAUGGUCAAGAAUCAGAGAAUAAUAGUAGCAAAAAGCAAGAUCCUGAGCAAUCGGAUUCAGAUUGUCAACUACUAGACCAUCCUGUGCAGAAAGGCAGAAUUGGAUCUAAGAAGAGGACCUUCAAGAAAAGGGGAAGAAAGCACGUGGAAAAUUGCGAAAAGCAAACGAACCACAUGGAGGCGGAGAGGCAGAGGAGGGAGAAACUAAACCACCGAUUCUACGCGUUGCGCGGGGUGGUUCCUUACGUUACGAGAAUGGACAAAGCCACAUUGCUAUCAGAUGCUGUGGCUUAUAUCAAUGAAUUGAAAGCUAAAGUGGAUGAAUUGGAGCACAAGAAGAAGAAACUCAAAAUGGAAACCAAUGAUGUUGUGGACAACCAAAGCUCUACCACUUCUGUGGAUCAUGCAAUGGAGGUUGAAGUGAAGAUGGUGGGUCCAAAUGCCAUGGUAAGGGUUCAAUCAGAAAAUGUGAAUUAUCCAUCAGCAAGAUUGAUGAGGGCACUUCAAGAUCUUGAACUACAUGUCCACCAUGCUAGUAUUUCAAGUGUUAAUGAUUUAAUGUUACAAGACAUAGUCGUUAAAGUUCCACAAGGAUUAGUUGCUGAAGAUGGAUUAAAAAAUGCUCUUCUUAGAAGCUUAGAGCAGCAGUAGUAGUAGUAGAAUCUUGGUAAAUUGAUUACGCAUUAAUGUUGUUUAUUUUUUAUGCCUAGAUUAAGAAUUUCUUCAGUCUUUUUGUAAUCUCUUUUUGUAAUAAAUCAUUUCCUUGAUAUAAUGAGAUGUUAAAGUU